UUACGGGCAGCAGAAGAGCGGCACAGACUAAUGAGUGAUGACCGGGUGACGCUCGACCAUCUGACACCUGGCUUUGUUUAUCCUCAGUCGUAGUGCAGCGAGUGUUCGGUCUCGGUCGGGUUCGGUUCAGAGUUCAGUAACGUGGGAAGUGUACUCAGUGAAGGUGGGUGCCGUCCCUAUGCCACACGUAGUUCGCGUAGGGCUCUCUUCCGAGCUCGCGGUGUGAAUUGACUGUGUUGUUUAUCAAACGUCCGAUUUCGCCCAAGAAUUCACAUGAACGCCAAAACAAAAGCACCGCCGGCCCCGCUGCCUGCUCUUCGGCACUCCACAGCGACUACCACCCUCCCAGACGCCCGUGCCAAACAAAUACUCAAGGAAGCCGUGGACGCUGUUGUCAACAGUUUUGCUAAACAUACUCAAGGAUAUGGCCGAGUAAACGUGGUCGAAGCCCUGCAAGAGUUCUGGCAGAUGAAGCAGACGAGAGGGGCUGACCUGAGGAAUGGAGCUCUAGUCAUCUACGAAUCAGUCCCUUCCCAGAGUCCACCCUACGUCUGCUACGUCACGUUACCAGGAGGAUCCUGCUUCGGCAGCUUUCAGAACUGUCCAACCAAAGCAGAAGCGAGAAGAAGUGCUGCAAAGAUCGCGCUGAUGAACUCUGUGUUCAACGAACAUCCAUCGAGAAGGAUAUCAGACGACUUUAUCGAGAAGGCUGUUGCUGAAGCGAGAGCGUCGUUCAAGGGAGACCCAGAGGAGGCUGACAAUCCCAACACUGGCAUUGGAGCGUUCCGGUUCAUGCUGGAGACAAACAAAGGCCGUACCAUGCUUGAGUUCCAAGAACUUAUGACCGUGUUCCAGCUGCUUCAUUGGAACGGCAGCCUCAAGGCGAUGAGGGAAAGGCAGUGUUCCCGGCAAGAGGUGGUGGCACACUAUAGCAACAGAGCGCUGGAUGAUGACAUGCGCUCACAGAUGGCGCUCGACUGGAUCGCACGGGAACAAGAAUGUCUCGGAGCACUUGGACGCGAGCUGAACCAAGCCGAGCGUGAGCUGGAAACCGCAAGGCUCGCCGGACGAGAACUUCGCUUCCCCAAGGAGAAGAAGGAUAUCCUUAUGUUGGCCCACACCCAGGUCAGCGGAGGGUCACUGUCCAGCUAAAACUGCCAAAGUCCAAAUUUGGAAUUCCUUUUGUAUAGUACGCGUGCGACUUUUCAAUACCUAAGAAAAUUUUGUGUGAUUUAAUGAAUUUGUGAUAUGAAAAUUAAUUUUUGUCUGAGUAAAAUUAUUGGUGAUGUUUGAAAAUGAGCUGCCCAUGUAUAUGGAGAUUAGACAUUUGUAGAUUCAUCAUCGGAUCUACUGAAUAUGAUUUUAAGCUGUUCUAUGUUCUUUAACUUCAAAGUGACUGUUUAACAUUUAUUUCCUUCACUAGCUUGAGAACUAUUAUGACCAUACAAAACAAUCAAAAGAGAGAAACACAUAGCUGACAUCUGUGAUGAAACAGUUAAAACGAUCAGAUCAUAUGAUAGGAAUGAAAAUCUACUUGCGGUUUCUAUGAUUAUUUAUGUUCAGCUGAGUCAAUUUUUGUGUUUUGGCGUGUAUAAUAAACUUGAGUAAAACUGCUAACCUCUAUUAUGGGACAUUUUACAAAUUCGCCUAUACAUUUAUUUUGUCCAUCUGUGGAACCCAUUAAGAUAGAAUUUUAAAACUUCCUUUUAAAUGGGACUGCAGCCUUAUAGUUUUGAAUUUUAUGUAAAUUUUACCUAUUUGAAACACAAAUCCUUUUAUUGUGGCUUAAUUUCUCUUUAUAUGGUAAAGUAAUUAACUUUUCUAUUUUUAUCAUGAAUUCUGUAUUAAAUUGUAUACAAAUAUAAAUUCCAAAAACGUUUUUAUGAACUUCCUCUGUUAGUUGCGGUUCUAAAAGUGACAGUUAAAUCGAGGUUCAAAUGUUUUAAACUCCUUGAAGUUAAGUUCCUUGAAGUUGGAAGAGCGUUAAAAAUAUGGCAAGUGUUAAAAGUAUGGCUCAGACAUAUAUCCUUCAAUAAAGGUAACUGAGCAAGACUUGAUGAAAUGUGAUAAAUUUACUGGAUAUGUUGAUCUAUUAUUCCUUGCUUUUACUCACAAAAUCACAUUCUCUUGUUAGGUAUUGAAAAGUCUGUUAGGUAAAUAAGCUAUCGUUAUGUAAAUUUUGAAUCGGAAACGGCUUAGUAAUUCAAUGCAGUAGAAACUGAUCUUCAGUGAUCAAAAUAACAGCCAUAACAUUUGAUGGGAAUACUUACAAUAGAAUAGUACUGUAAUAGCCAUUAAACAUAGCCAUAUAAUUAUUAGAUAUAAUUUUCUAUAAUGUAGUCAGCCAAAUAUGUCUAAUAACUUAUAGACUGUACUAUACACCAAUGUAAAAUAGAUUAACUCCACUUAGCAAUAAUACUGUAUGCGAUACAUAUUUUGGAAAGCAAAGUUAUAAGGACUAUUAUUAAAUUUGUGUCACCUAAUAUAAUUAAUACUUGUUGAGUCCUGUAUAUGUUGUAAUCAAAAGAUAUAACUGAAGUUGAUAUUGUUAGUUAAAUAGCCAUUUAUUUAUUUGUUUCCUUAGAAGAGUUUUAGUUUAAAUUGUUAUACGAUUUGGUAUCUAUUAAUUGUUAUAAAUUUUUUUUGUUGUAUCUUUUAAUCAACCAAUGAUUUUAAAUACGCUAACUCUCUCUCAUUUGGAAUGUUUGGGGUGGGUUCAUUCUUGAAACUAAAAGAUUAUGAACCAGUUGAAGGUAAAAAAAAAAACUAAUCCAAACAUUUCACAACUAUGCAUUAUUUAAACAAAUUUAAUUGACUACAGUUCACUUCUAAGCAAUAAAGCAGUAAUUUCCGUUCAGUGCUGGAUGAACAGGUAUUUGAUUUUUACGGCUAUUUCCAGAGUGAGUGUAAGUGCCCAAAGUUCAAACCAUAUGUAAUCUGAACCAUCCAAAUUUCAAACCAGAUGUAGUCCGAACCAUCCGAAUUUCAAACCAUAUGUAGUCCGAAACAUCCAAAGUUCAAACCAUAUGUAGUCCGAACCAUCCGAAGUUCAAACCAUAUGUAGUCCGAACCGUCCGAAGUUCAAACCAUAUGUAGUCCGAACCAUCCAAAGUUCAAACCAUAUGUAGUCCGAGCCAUCCGAAUUUCAAACCAUAUGUAGUCCGAGCCAUCCGAAUUUCAAACCAUAUGUAGUCCGAACCAUCCAAAGUUCAAACCAUAUGUAGUCCGAACCAUCCGAAUUUCAAACCAUAUGUAGUCCAAACCAUCCAAAGUUCAAACCAUAUAAAAUCCGAACCAUCUGAGGUUUAAAACAUGGGAAGUUUGAACCAUCCAAAGUCUAAAUCAUCUAACUACAAGGGAGUGGUGCAGUUGUUUGGAAUGCAAUUUCUUUAAACUUAAAUAUGUUUUCCAUCUCUUAAAGAAAUUCUCCACCCUUGAAACAAAAGACUACAUCACUGGUAAAGAAACCUUGUGAAUAGAAAUAUUGUCCUACAUUGUUAGAAUAUUUGGGUCAUCAAAGUAUUGAACAAGUUCUUUCUAAAGUGUUCCCCUUGGUUGUGGAUUUUGAUCCUCUUAAAGAUGCAUAUCAAUUUUGAGUUAAUUCAGUGCUUUGCAAUUUAACCCUCUGGGCAUAUUUUGAUGCUGUCUUUUCUGUUAAAUAAUGCUCAGCUUUAAGAGUAUCAAAACCUUUAUAGAAAUUGAUAACUGGCUUUUGCUUUUGUAUAUAAUGACUGAUUUCCACGGUCGCGUGCCAUGGAAUUAUAUGUGAUUUAUUUAUAUAUGUAUAAUAUUUAUAGAAUUUAUUUCUUGUGCCUUAACCUUUGGGCCUUGAAAAUGUAAAUAAGUCGUGUAAUAUUGUUAAUUGUCAAAUUGUGAUUUUGUUAAGAAAUUAUUUAUUUUAUCGAUAAAGAUUGUAAGUAAUGGAAACAUCAUGAUGAAGAAUGGUUGUUGAAAACCCCCUAAAUUAACGGUGCUAUUGUUAACAGGUUUUAUUUUGUUUAAAUAUUUCUAUAGAUUAUAUUUAACCUCAUCAACAAUUAGUCAGUCUUUGAACUUAUAAAAUUUGGCUAUCAGAGAAGAACUUUUACGCUGUUUUAUUAAUAAUUUUUUUGCCAUAAAUCUCGUACUGAUUUGUAUUUCAAUUGUUUGGCAUACUCAUAGUUCUAAAGAAUGACUUUUACAUCUGAAUUUAUUUUAAUAUUCAUUAACUAAACUAGUUUACGAUUGGAUCUACUUAUUUCUCUUUCCCCACAUGUCAACAUUGUUGACUACAUUUUAAUUUUUGUUAUUUUUAGUCCUGAAUAGUUAAAGCAAUUAUACCUUUCUUACACUUUCAGAAGCUGGUCAGGCACAAAAGAGAUGGCAACGAUUAAACAAAUUUCUUUUAUUUAACUCAGAAGCAGGGGAUUCAAAAAUGUUCCUUCUAUUAUUUAUAGUUGUAAAAUCAUACCGGUUAUGUCUUACUGACACUAUACCUACCUAUUUAAUUUACAAUUAUGACUCAAAUAUUAGGUACUUUUAGAACAUCUUAAAAUCCAGUAUUUAAUAUUUUACUUUUGCCUUUAAAUUGUGAUUACAUUUCUGUCAACAUUAUGACAAAAUAUUUAUGAAAAGGAAAUAAAUUACUAAUUCUCAUUCACAAGAACAUUGAAUAUAUGCGUUGUUAUCUAUGUAAUAUCUAAUUGAUCUCAUAAUUGUGUUUAUUGUAAUCAUUACCCUGCAUUAUAGGCUACAGGGUGUUUCAGAAGUCUUUAUUGGCGUUUUUGGGCUGGUUCUGGAAAAAAAACUAAAAGUUAUUAAGUUCCCAGUUACACUAUGUGUCACCAUUUUAUUUUACAUGCAUAAUAUUUCAUCUUAUGAUAUUUUAAUAAAUAUGGUUUGGGUGUAUGCCCGAUCAAGGCUUAUUUCAUUAAAACAUAUUUAAUAGGCUCUUUCAGAAUUAAAAAUGGAGGACAUUUCAAAUUUUCAAAUAAAUUAAAAUGUCAUUUAACAAUCCAUUUUAUUAGAAAGCUAAAUUAUAAAUCCAACCAAAAUCUUCCAAAUCGGUUAAGACACAACUGAGUUAUGUCAAAUUUUGUUUAGCAAAAACAAACGUGGAAACAUCCAUCGAUGACCAUGGAAAGGUACAGACAUAUGAUGGUUUUUUUUUUUACACUUUUUACAUAGCCCAUUAUUGUUUCUUGUUUAAUUCAUAAGACUGUAGUCAUUUGGGUUUAAAUUAAAUCUUCUUAUAAAAGUUAUUAAAACAGUACUUACAUUUUUUGACGAUUCUACCAAAUUUCUCUUAUUUCAAAUUCAUUAUUAAGAGCAUUUUUGAAGUCCGCAGUCGGAAACUCAUUUAAUAAUUUUUACAAAAUAACUCUAAUCAGAAAAAAAACCUUACGAGUUUUGAAACACCCUGUAUUUUAAUAUUAAACAUGUGUUGUAUUUUUUCACGAUGCAAAUUGU